AUGGGGGUCGGCCACAAAAUGGAAGAAGAAACAGAAGAAGAAGAAGAAGAAGAAACAGAAGAAGAGGAAGAAACAGAAGAAGAAGAAACAGAAGAAGAAGAAGAAACAGAAGAAGAAGAAAAAGAAGAAGAAACAGAAGAAGAAGAAGAAACAGAAAAAGAAGAAGAAACAGAAGAAGAAGAAACAGAAGAAGAAGAAGAAACAGAAAAAGAAGAAGAAACAGAAGAAGAAGAAAAAGAAGAAGAAACAGAAGAAGAAGAAGAAACAGAAAAAGAAGAAGAAACCGAAGAAGAAGAAACAGAAGAAGAAGAAGAAGAAGAAGUAGAGGAAGAAACAGAAGAAGAAGAAGAAACAGAAGAAGAAGAAGAAACAGAAGAAGAAGAAACAGAAGAAGAAGAAGAAGAAGAAGAAGAGGAAGAGGAAGAAACAGAAGAAGAAACAGAAAAAGAAGAAGAAACCGAAGAAGAAGAAACAGAAGAAGAAGAAGAAGAGGAAGAGGAAGAAACAGAAGAAGAAACAGAAAAAGAAGAAGAAACCGAAGAAGAAGAAACAGAAGAAGAAGAAGAAGAAGAAGAAGUAGAGGAAGAAACAGAAGAAGAAGAAGAAACAGAAGAAGAAGAAACAGAAGAAGAAGAGGAAGAAACAGAAGAAGAAGACCGUUCAGUCGACCUGCAGUUCGUCCUUUGGCCGGUGGAGGCACCGUCAAGCCGCCGGACCCGGAUGAGAAGCAGCAAGCAGCCACCGAAGAAGAAGCAGUGCUUCCGGUGUGGCCUGUGGUUCCGGUGGUGUCCGAAGUGAAACCGGAGUUUUUAUUUUUAAGUCUGAUUCGGUUCAGACGUGAAGUCUGCGUCACGGUGUGCGCACGAGCUGCUCCGCUCUCAGAUGUCGUCUGGACUUGUGGCGCCCCCUGGAGGAGGAGAAGAGCUCUGCGAGUGGAGGAGGGAGGUGGGAUGUCAGUGGGAGAGUCCCCAGCAGGAGACGAGGGAGGUGGGAUGUCAGAGCGACUCGGCUCCAAGGAGAGACGCUGGCGUCCAGGUGGACCUGAUGAGACAUUUAGGUGAGGUGUCCUGCCCCCUGCAGGCAGACGAGUGUAACUACAUCUUCAUGUUCUGAUUCAUGUCAUGUGUUUUAUUGUGAAAAGUCAGGAGGAAGUGAUGAGGAGGGGGCGGACCCGAGGGUCUGGCGUUUCUGAUUAAUAGCAGAAGUGUUCAGGUGAAAUAAGCCUCAUUCAUCAUUAAUGUGUCAAAUAUGAAUCACGUUCUCUCAAAUGAAGAGAAUCCAGUUUGUAAUCACUAGUCAAUGUAAACAGGAAGCAGACUGUGUGAGAACAGGGAGAGAUGGAGAUGUACUGGGGGAGUUAGUGGAGGAUAACCACACAUAGUUUUAUACUUUUAUCCUUGAAGUAACUUUAUCCUAUGAAAUUAUAGAUAAAAGAGAAAAUGAGACCGAAAUGUGUUUAAGAACGGAAACCGGCUCAGAAGACGGCAGCCAUGACAGUUCCCUGGAUGAAGUGAAGGCUGCUGGGGAUUAGGGGGCGGGGCCAAGCUCAUGUUUGGCCCCGGCCCCUGUGAUGUCACAGAAUCAGUUAUGAUGCUGCAGCCUGUGAGACGUGCAGUAACGUGUUUGAGACACAAGGUGUCAG